AUGAAGAGCAUCAGGAACUCAUCUGUUCAACUUUUUCUUUUUGUUGGAGUGGCUAUCUUUAUUACGUUUGCCAUGAUUUCUGUAGAGGCAAGAAAGCAUCACAACAACAGAAACAAACCUCAUAAGCACCUCAAAGACAACGGUAGCAAGGGCCACAAUGCUCCAGACCCAGCAACAAAAAUUCCAGGCCCCGCUCCAGCCCCUCUUCCUCAUUAUGGCUCUUAUCCUACUCACUCCACCAUUUUUGACGUUUUGUCAUUUGGAGCCAAGGGUGAUGGGGUUUCAGAUGAUUCGAAGGCACUUUUAGCAGCAUGGAAAGCUGCCUGCAAGGUAUCUGGGGCUAUAGUGGAAAUCCCAGCUGAAUUCAAGUUCCUCAUCAAGCCCAUAACUCUCCAAGGUCCAUGCAUGCCUCACCUUGUACUUGAGAUAGAUGGCAUUCUAUUAGCUCCCCAACAAGUAGGUGCUUGGCCUAAAACCGGUUUGUUUCAGUGGAUAAACUUCAAAUGGGUUCAUGACUUCACCAUUCAAGGUACUGGAAAAGUUGAUGGUCAAGGAUCUGACUGGUGGAGUCCCUCUGCAGUCUACUAUAUCCAGAAGAAAUUCAAACACAAUCCAGAUAUGAAACCAACCGCUUUGAGAUUCUAUGACAGCCAUAAUGUCACAGUUCGCGACAUCGAAAUCAGGAACAGUCCUCAAUGCCAUCUCAAAUUUGACAGCUCUAGUGGGAUCAGAGUCAAUAACAUUACGAUUAAUUCACCAGAGGAUAGUCCAAACACCGAUGGCAUUCACCUGCAGAAUGCAAAAGAUGUAGAAAUUCAGCACUCUAAUAUUGGAUGUGGGGAUGAUUGUGUAUCCAUACAAACCGGUUGCUCUAAUAUUCAUGUCCAUCACAUUCACUGUGGCCCUGGACAUGGUAUAAGUCUAGGAGGGCUUGGAAAGGAUAAAAGUGUUGCAUGUGUCUCGGAUAUUGUUGUAGAGAAAAUCUCACUGCAAAAUACUCUGUCUGGAGUUAGAAUAAAGACAUGGCAGGGAGGUAUUGGAUCGGUAAAGAAUGUGACAUUUUCCAAUAUUGAAGUAUCAGAUGUGAAGUAUCCUGUAAUAAUUGAUCAGUUCUAUUGUGACAAGAAAACCUGCAAGAACCAUACAGAUGCUGUGGCAAUAUCUGGUGUGAAAUAUGACGGAAUAAUAGGGAGUUACUCAGUGCAACCAAUUCAUCUAGCAUGUAGCAAUCACUUGCCAUGCACCGAUGUUGAUCUGAUAAAUAUUCAGUUGAAGCCCAUAUCCAAUGGUUAUCGAGGUUUUCGACAGGCUCUGUGUUGGAACUCUUAUGGGAAAUCACAAGCACCCUUACUUCCUUCUAGCAUAGACUAUUGCUUGAGAACCGAAAGUGGGUCUGUUAAGGGAACUGCGAGGUCACAUCAUGAGCAUAUUUGUUAG